GGGAGCGGAGCCGUCGCCGGGAGCGGAGCCGCCGCCGCAGCCGGCCGCGCUCCCCGGCCCGGCGGCCGCGCAGCAGGGGUCCCUUGAAGCUUGCCCUGGGAAUGGACAGCUACCUCCAUUUCGGGAGGAAACUAGUGCCUGGUGAGGAAGCCUUCGAGGCAAGUCGAGGAGUGUGCUGAUACUCCCUGAAGAGCGAAGGCAAGGGGCGACCUUCCAGGCCAACAGCCAUGCCUUUCGGGCUGAAACUGCGACGGACCAGGCGCUACAACGUCCUGAGCAAGAACUGUUUUGUGACCCGGAUCCGUCUGCUGGACAGCAACGUGAUCGAGUGCACCCUCUCCGUGGAGAGCACGGGACAGGAGUGUUUGGAAGCCGUUGCUCAGAGGCUGGAAUUACGAGAGACGCACUACUUUGGCCUUUGGUUUCUCAGCAAGAGCCAGCAAGCCCGAUGGGUGGAACUAGAAAAACCUCUGAAGAAGCAGCUGGACAAAUUUGCCAAUGAGCCUUUGCUUUUCUUUGGAGUAAUGUUCUAUGUGCCCAGUGUUUCCCGAUUGCAGCAGGAGGUAACAAGAUACCAGUAUUACCUACAAGUGAAAAAGGACGUUCUUGAUGGCCGAUUACGUUCUUCGCUGGAGCAGGGAAUUCGGCUGGCUGGUUUGGCAGUGCAAGCGGAUUUUGGAGAUUAUAAUCAAUUUGAAUCUCAUGACUUCCUCCGAGAAUAUGUCCUGUUUCCUAUGGAUUGGACCCAGGAUGAAGCUGUCUUGGAGGAGCUGACUCAAAAGGUUGCUCAGGAACAUCGAACUCACAGUGGUAUUACGGCAGCAGAAGCUGAGCUGAUGUACAUCAAUGAAGUGGAACGCCUGGAUGGGUUUGGGCAGGAAACCUUCUCUGUGAAGGAUAAUCAUGGAAAUGACAUACACCUUGGUAUUUUCUUCAUGGGAAUCUUCAUAAAGAACAGAAUUGGAAGGACAACUGUGAUCUAUAGGUGGAAUGAUAUUGGGAAUAUAUCACAUAACAAGUCUUCCAUUGUUCUAGAGUUGAUCAACAAAGAAGAGAAUGUGCUCUUUCACACAGAUGAUCUUGAAAAUGCCAAAUAUAUUUCACGACUGUUUGCAGCAAGACAUAAGUUUUACAAACAGAACAAAAUCUGCACAGAACAAUCAAGUUCUCCUCCCCCUAUCAGACGGCGGCCCACUUGGAGCAGGUCAUCCUUGCCAAGACAACACCCAUUUAUACUGCCUCCUAUGCAUGUCCAGUGUGGAGAGCACUACACUGAAACACAUAAUUCACAAGACAGCAUUUUCCAUGGAAAUGAAGAAACGUUCUACGGUAGAUCUCAGACUAGUCUGGACAGGUGUCCAGUGGACUUCAGCUACCUGAAUGGUAAUGGACCCAAUGGGAGCGUAUGCAGCGCCCACAGCAUGAACUCCCUCAAUCGCUCACAGAACUUCAUUCAGGCAUCUCCGAUGUCCUCCAAUCUGAGCAUCCCUGGAAGUGAUAUCAUGAGAGCAGACUAUAUCCCUAGCCACAGACAUAGUGCAAUCAUAGUACCAUCUUACCGGCCAACUCCGGAUUAUGAAACUGUCAUGAGGCAAAUGAAGAGAGGAGUGAUCCAGAUGGAUAGCCAAAGUCAGUCUUUGAGGAAUCUCAAUAUUGGAAAUACACAUGCUUACAACCAGCCGGAAGACUUGGUUUACAGUCAGCCUGAGAUUCGAGAGAGACAUCCUUACACUAUGACUUACGGGCCCCAAGGUGGUGGUGGCUAUAACAAACCUGUUGCCCCCUCUGACCAAAUGAACCCUAAUAACACUGUGCAAAAUAAGACAGCAGCCAGUGCCAUCUCACACACAGUUAGCACGCCAGAACUGGCUAAUAUGCAGCUGCAAAGCAGCCAGAAUUACAACACUGCUCAUAUGUUAAAGAACUAUCUGUUCCGACCCCCACCUCCAUAUCCACGCCCACGUCCUGCCACCAGCACACCUGACCUGGCCAGCCACCGGCACAAAUAUGUCAGUGGGAGCAGUCCUGACCUGGUCACUCGGAAGGUCCAGCUCUCGGUAAAGACAUUCCAAGAGGACAGCUCGCCGGUCGUCCGCCAGUCGCUGCAGGAGGUCAGCGAGCCCCUCAUGGCAGUGAAGCAUCACGCAGCUGUGAACAAGCGCCAUAGCUUGGAGGUCAUCAGCAACAUGGUACGUGGUAUAGAAGCCAUGGCAUUAAAAACUUUAAACGCUCCUUUGCCACGCAGGAAUACUUUGCGAGAGCAAGUGCAGCCAGAAGAGGCAGUUCAGAUGGGACAUGAAGUUCAGCAGGUUCCUCAUUAUCAUCAUAAAAAGACAUUCUCAGAUGCCACAAUGCUGAUACAUAGCAGCGAAAGCGAAGAGGAAGAGGAAACUGCAGAAUCCGUGUCACGGAUAACAGCCCUUCAUGAGAACAUGGAAUAUAGUGCUCAGUUGCAAGCUGCCUUGGCUAGAAUACCAAAUAAACCUCCUCCAGAAUAUCCUGGGCCUCGUAAAAGUGUCAGCAAUGGAGCUCUGAGGCAGGAGCAUGUUAGCGUUUCUGUGGCUGUAGCUAGGGCUAAGGCCAUGAGGCCAGGGCCAUCCAAGGCCAUUAGUGUAUCUCGAACUGAUCAAGUGGCAAUAAAUGGUUCUUCACUUGGGCCCUCUAUCUCAGAGCCUGACCUCACAAGCGUGAAGGAGAGGGUCAAGAAGGAGCCUGUCAAGGAAAGGCCUGUGUCUGAAAUGUUUUCUAUUGAAGACAGCAUUAUAGAAAGAGAAAUCAUGAUGAGGAAUCUAGAAAAGCAGAAGAUGGCAGGCCUGGAGGCCCAGAAGAGGCCCUUGAUGUUGGCAGCACUGAACGGGCUCUCGGUUGCUAGGGUUCGUGUGCCAGAGGACAGCCAGGAUGAAGUAGCCAAGGUGCCAAUGGAUGAGAGGUGUAAAAUUUUGAAGAGGAAGUUGGAAGAGGGGAUGGUGUUUACAGAAUACGAGCAAAUUCCAAAGAAAAAGGCAGAUGGGAUCUUCACCACUGCUGCCUUGCCUGAAAACACUGAGCGCAACCGUAUCAGGGAGGUUGUUCCCUAUGAAGAGAAUCGAGUAGAGCUGGUGCCAACCAAAGAAAAUAAUUCAGGCUACAUCAAUGCUUCACACAUAAAGGUUACAGUAGGUGGGGAAGAGUGGCACUACAUUGCCACCCAAGGACCUCUGCCCCACACGUGCCAUGACUUCUGGCAGAUGGUGUGGGAACAAGGGGUGAAUGUUAUAGCCAUGGUCACAGCUGAAGAGGAGGGAGGAAGAAGUAAGAGUCAUCGUUAUUGGCCUAAACUGGGCUCUAAGCACAGCUCAGCCACUUACGGAAAGUUCAAGGUGACAACCAAGUUCCGCACCGACUCCGGCUGCUAUGCGACCACAGGUCUGAAGGUCAAGCACCUCCUGUCUGGACAGGAGAGGACUGUGUGGCACUUGCAGUAUACCGACUGGCCAGACCUUGGAUGUCCAGAAGAAGUCCAAGGCUUUUUAUCUUACUUGGAGGAGAUACAGUCAGUGCGUCGCCAUACCAACAGUGUGUUGGACAGCAGCAACAACUGCAAUCCUCCUAUCGUGGUUCACUGCAGUGCAGGGGUAGGAAGGACUGGCGUGGUUAUCCUAACAGAACUGAUGAUUGGGUGCUUGGAGCAUAAUGAGAAAGUGGAUGUGCCUGUGAUGCUGAGACACCUGCGGGAGCAGAGAAUGUUUAUGAUCCAGACCAUAGCCCAAUACAAAUUUGUCUAUCAAGUGCUCAUUCAGUUCCUGCAAAACUCCAGACUUAUUUAAUCUCUUUAAAGAUCCCAGACACAGCUUUCUGGAUUUGACUGAACCUUGCUGAUAGGAGGGGAACUCCUUGAUAACGAUGUGUGCAUAUAUUGUACUUACUCAAGUUGUCUUGAAAGUAGGCAGUGAUUGUUCUUUACUAGAGUCUCCCAUGGAUUAUUUUAUACAAGAUAUAAUUUAUUUUUCUCAGAAUAACUUUUGAAUUACUUUAAUAACUUGUGAAACUUAUGGUAACUUUUGAAUUGAACCACAUUUGACAUGACUGAUCUGCAUUGUAACGUGUUCAUAGGGAAAGCAAUUCUUUCUAAAGAUGUAGUAUACUAGCUUUUAGCUUGCUGCAUAGUUUAUAAAACAAACAGUUAUUUGGCAGUAGGUUUUUUCUCAGAUAAGAAUACAAUGGAGCCAAUAUGUGCCUUCCAUGGUAAAAGUGAGACCUGCUACAUGUCAGCUAGGGUUCUGUAAGAGCAGAGUCUGAGGAUGCAGAAUCCUAAGGUACGGAGACCAGUGCCUCUGCACAAGCAGCAUGGAGAGUUACAAACACAGGCAGUUGUGAGGGCAGAGAACUCUGGGUGCUAAAACUGUUCAAUUUCACAAAAAUUACAGUUUCAAUUUAAUCCUUCGAAGAAGCCAUUUUGGCUUCUAUGCUAACAAUAAGUGCUUGUUUAGCAUAUAGGCUAAAUGAGGCAUUUACCAUUCUUUGGAGGGGUCCUUAAGAGAUGAAGGAUUGGAAGAGCAAUCCAGAACAAGACGAGGUCAAUCAGUGAGUCUUUCUGGUAAUGUAGUGGGCUGUGGAUUGAAUGGCGGAGGCAUUUCAGCUUAAAUACCAGCCCCCCGCCCUUCACCCCCCUGCCCACCCCCACAUACACUUUAGCAAGUUGUGGUGGAAUUCCCACACUGUUAUUUCUGGUGUAAGUGAUGGAAAGAAAAGUUCCUGCACUGAGGCUGCUCCCUCUUCACACAACUCCUGUUUCUCAUCUCCAUAAGCUACCUUCCUCCUGCCAGCAGUCCUGCUCUUGGCUGAACUUGCUUGGACUUGGUGGUCCUGUAGGAUUGCUAGGGAACAGAUCAGGCCAGAAAAGAUCCCUGGAGGUCUCUGGUCCCAGCUCUGCUCACAGCUGGGCCAACUUCAAAAUUGGAUUGAGCACCGAAGGUCGUGUCUGGUUGACUUUCAGAAAUCUCUUGAGAGUGGAGGUUCCCCAGCCUUGCUGGGUCCGGUCCCAAUGCUUAGCCAUUGCUGUGGUACAAUUAUUUUUCCUGAAUAUCCAUCUCUUUCCCAGAUAAAUUUAACCUUUUAGUCUCUCAUUCCUUUUGCUUUGCAAGCCUACCUGCUAAUCAUGGCCCUCCAUCCUCAUCUUUAACCCCUUCUCCUCUGGCAGCUGGUCCUACCCAAAUGCCCCUUCUCUCCUUUUAGGGGAUCCUCGCUGCCUCCCAAUUCCUAAAUAUUUUAUCCUCCUUCUGCCUCUAGUUUUGGAUCCCCUUAUUUGCCCUGCUGUCUGGUGCUUCUGUCUUUAUACUGUCUGUACAGCCUGGGGCAGAUAAACAGUCUGAUUCCUGUUUUUUCUAUCUCCCGAUUUUCUAUUGUGUGUCUCUUUGCUGGAUGAGAAUGUUUAUUUCUUCUGAUGAUACAGCUGUUGUGCCAUGGCAUUAUGGAAAAUGCAGUCAUUGGUCUUUCUGCAAAGAAAAGCUUCAGCAGUAGAAGAUAGGAUAGGUCAAAUUAAGUAUUAUUGGAGGCUGUGAACCGGGAGUUCCUAACUCUCAAACAAGUCACAGGAUCACAGAAUUGUUGGGGUUGGAAGGGACCUCAGGAGAUCAUUUAGCACAACCCCCCCCCGCUCCAGCAGGGUCACCUACAGCAGGUUGCCUGAGAUUGCGUCCAGUCGGGUUUUGAAUAUUUCCAAGGAUGGAGACUCCACAACCUCUCUGAACAACCUGUUCCAAUGUUCAACCACCUUCACAAUGAAGUGUUUUCUUCUGUUCUGAAGGAAUUUCCUGUACUUUAGUUUGUACCUGUUGCCUCUUGUCCUGUCCCUGGGCACCACUGAGCAGAGACUUGCUCUGGCUUCUUUACACUCUUCCAUCAGUUAUUUAUACACGUUUAUCAGAUUCCUCUCCUCUCCCAAGCUUUUUCUUCUCUAGGCUAAACAGCCCCAGCUCUCUCAGCCUUUUCUCAUAUGACAGAUGCACCAGCCUCUUAAUCAUCUUAGUAGCCCUUCACUGGACUUGUUCCUGUAGCUCUCUUGUACUGUGGAGCCCAGAACUAGACCUGUACACUGGAUAUGUCCUCACUAGGGCUGAGUAGAGGGGCAGGAUCACCUCCCUCGGCCUGCUGGCAACACUCUUCCUAAUGCACCCCAGGAUACCAUUGGCCUUUUUGGCUGCAAGGGCACAUUGCUGGCUCAUGGUCAAUAUGUUGUCCACCGCCUUCUCUGCAAAGCUGGUCCCCAGUUGGCCCCUAGCCUUCCUGCUGCAUGAGGUUAUUCCUCCCUGGGAGCAGGACUUGGCACUUCCCUUUGUUGAACUGCUUCAGGUUCCUCUCUGCCCAUUUUUCCAGCCCCAUAAGGGACUCAUAAGGUCCCUCUGAAUAGCAGCGCAACCAUCUGAUCAGUGUAUCAGCGACUCUUCCCAGUUCUGUAUCAUUUUUAAAAAAAAAAAUCAUGUGUGUCCUAAAACCUACUGUGGAAACACAGGUUAUAAUCCAGAAAGCCUGCAAUGCAGUAACUGUUCAAGAGAAUCAGAAAUACAUUGCUUAUUUGUGGCCAUCUCACUAAACUGCUUUUCUAAAAUUCCCCUCCAUCUAUUUGGAAACAAAAUUCAAACUUUUGUUGUAGUUCUUGUUUUAAAUGUGUAUAACCGAGCCAUAAUAGCUUAAAAUCUAUGCAUAAAGGCCUAAGCUUACAUGCAUGCUCAUCUUCAGUGGGGUCACUAAAGGCACCUGCAAUUGCUUAAAACCACUGGGAGCUUAAUCUACACUUCAGUACUUGAAUGCUUCUCAAAAUACCUUUAAAACUCCACUGUGUUUUUAGUUGGCACUAUGCAGCACAGGCCUAAUGAUACGAGAAGAAUUCUGGUGGAAACUGCUAGUUACCAGCAAAUGCUCAUGAGUUAUCUAGCUAUAUCAUCUUGACUGUGUUCCUUUUAAGGAUCACCUGAGUUCUCAGUCAACUUUAGUUUUCCUCUAAUUUCUUCUAAUGCCAACAUAUCUCUUGUUAAAUUAGCAGCAACCAUUUAAAGUCUUUUCAGCAGCAUCUGCAUGAUAAUUACACUGCGAUGCUUUAUAUCUGGGAAACAAGCCAAGGAAUAAACCUUGAAGCAAAGUGUAUUAAAUUAGUUAUCUCAUUAUAGCUUUUUGAAUAAUUUCCUAAUGAUGAAUUAAGUUUGAAUUCAGAGCUGUCAAGUCCCAUUGCUCCACUUGGAAUUGAGAGGUAGAAAAUCAGAAGGGAAAAUAAUCUGUUCCUAUGUCUUACUAUUCAACUGGUUUUGGUUGAGAUAUACACUAGUAUUUCCACAGUAAGUAUGGAAAAAGUUAUUUCAUAAGAGAAAGUAGAUAGCUGCGUUUAAAGGGAAGAAAAUUAGGCAAAUGUUGUCUUCUAUGCAAACACACAUCAUAGAUGUCUUAGAAAAAUAUUAAUUACAAAAUGGCACCAAAAAGCCUUUCCAAAUUAAGUCAGUGCCUAUUAAUGAGGCAAAUAAAUGGCCACAUAGUAAAUGAUCAUUCCCAAUUAACUUGUCACAUGGCUGGUAUGGUAGAUAGAGGCUAGUGUGACUCACUUUUUCCCUUUUAUUGUGAAAGAAUGGUAAUUUAAAACUUUUUGUUUCAUCUGACUUCAAUGUAUUUUUCCUGCUAGGUUUUAUCUUGACUAGAUCUGCUAAUUCAUAGGUGAAUUGGGCUAGUGCAUGUCUUCGGAGGUCCCUUUCCACCUCAGCUUGCAACCAAACUUCAGCAGCUUUAUGAUUGAAAUGCAAUACGGUUUUGCAGGGGAAAAAAUGAACUUUCUUCUGACUUUGAACCUGUUGUAGUUUUAUCAGACCUAAUUUGCUUGGGCAGUGUUCCCUAACCUUCAGGGAGUGACAGGAAAACGCAUUUUGUAUCCAAUUUCAUUAGUCAUAGCAGGAAUGAAAGCAGGAGACUUAAAGAAACAGAACUCUCUACUUUCUGCCCCACAGACUUAACAGCCAUGUUUAAGCAGAAAAGGAGGACAGUUUUGAGAUGGGAUGCAUACUUCCUAGCAUCAAAGCAUGGCGAUGGGUUGGUUACAAGAAACCAUAUUUAUCCAUUUGGAGUAGAAUUUGGAUUGAAAAUCUUACAAAAAUGCAUGAAUUCUGUAAGAAUGGAGCUGUGUCUCGAAAGAGUUUAUGAAAGAAGCAGGCUUCUCCAAGCCUUGCCAGUUGCACUCUGGCAUGUUUAGCCUAUUUUCCUUCAUUCCUUCAUUUACUUUGGAAGAGAGAACUUGGAGGGGUUGAAUAAGUCCGACUUAGGGGUCCAUUAAGUUUAUUUUCCUUUUUCAUGCACUUUCAAUCUACAUUUAAUGUUGCCAUUUAACAGCAUUUUUUUUUCCUUAAUAGUGAUGGUAUUAAGAUUGCUGACAUCAAAUUUUUAAUUAAAGUUUGUAGUUUGUGGUCUCAGCAUUUCACGAUUAACACUAUCUGGAUCAGAGGUGGGAGGGAGGACUGCUGAAUUUUGAUGCUACUCACAAGAGGUCUGCUCAGUGCUGUAGAUGUCCUGUUUGUGUCCUCCACAUGCUGCAGUGGAGGAUGGUGGAGCUUGGUCCAGUGCCUGCACAUUAGCUGCUCUGGCCCUUCCGUGUUCCAGCUUCUCCACAGUCCUGCUUUAACACCGCUUGUCUUUGAUCCACUCAGGAAAGAUGAAGCUUGAUCCCACACACUUUCUCUUAUAUAGGUGUAUAGUUACCAUAAAUUCUCAUCUUUAUUAGAAGUAUCUUUUCCCUAAAAUAAUGUUUCAACUGGAGUGGGACACAUCUGUGAGAAUUUAUUCAACUUACUGCUAAAACAUUCAUUUUUAAGCAGUGUAUUGAACACUUCUGUUCCACUUACUUAAAUCAGCUGUCUCUACUUCAAAUAUUAAAUAUUUGCAUGAUUUCAAGAGCUUUUUUUUUUUUUUUUUUUAAAAAAAAAUCCUUUCUUGUAAGCAGAAAUGCAAACGGUAAAACACAGUUUGGAAAUGAGUAAGUCUCAGUGCUUCAAUAGAGAUGAUCAUAGAAGAUCAUUUAAGCUAAUAAUUGUUUUUAGUUUUUGACCCAAUACUUGCUAUGUCACUGUAGCCCACAACUGACCCUAAAGCAAGUGCUGAUAGGAGAGCUCUUACAGGAUAGAGCAGGCAAAUCUUCUGGGGUAAAUUCAGCAGUUACUGCCCACACUGCGUUCUCAACAGCCGACUUCCCAAGGGCUUCUUGGGAUGAGAUGAUGACUGAGUUUGCUGUUGCUAGUUUUGCUAAUGAUUUGUGAAUAGUGUGCUUGAAAAGGGUAAGGACCAGUAAGGCUGAUAUGAUGUCCUCUAGCAGCUCUUCUGCCUCAGUAACAGACUAGAAUGAAAUUUUGCCACUCAUCUUUUUGGAUAAGAGUGCAUUACAGCUGGAGAAUCAGGGUGGCUCCUGUUUCAUGAAACAAAGGAUGCAUCUUGUUGAAGGAGCAAGUAGCCAAAUCUGAUCCUGAAAAAGAAGUACAGCUUAAAGGGAUAAUUUGUACAAUAUUCUAUAAAACUGGAUAUAAAUCUGCUAAUGCAUGACCACAGGGAUGUGGGGUUUGAGUGUAGAUUUUGAUGCCAACAGGAGAAAGGUUUACAGGGUCAGACUCCUGAAGGCCAUAGCCCCUAGUUCAUUCUUAGCCUUGCCUAGAGCUUUUUCAUGUAGACUCUGGUGCUACAGGAACUACAAAUGCAGUUCUUGCCAUAUGAGCCUUUAGAGAGGCGAGCAGGAUGUAAUAUAUGAAGUCACUUGUAACCUUGGCUUGCAGGGAUUUGAAGGUCUGUGAUUUGAGGAAGGGACAGCUGGCUGUUGGGCAAACGAGAGAGGAUGGCAUUUUUAGUGAAACUAUUGUUAAAUAGUGAAACAAAACACUAGUGCCCAAGCCAAAAAAAAAAAUAGUGUUUUAUAUUUUUAAAAGUAAACAACCAUUUCUGUUAUCAUAAGAUACUCUGGAAACGGUGAAUUUCCCUGGUUGUUCUUAGCCAUUUUUCUGCAUGGUUCUUCUGUGUUUCAGGGUUUUGAUGCCUGUGAUUUGUGUGCGCUCUGAGAGUUUCCCACAUGCUACUAUUACAGGACUUUACUGACUUUACCUCCACAGGGUGAACUGUAAGUCAGCAGUAACAUGGCAGCUUUCACUGAACAAUUUAGCACUAUUUAACAGUCAUGGAAAGAGUAUAUUCAUUACAGGGCUCUGCUAAAAUAUUAGUGCUUAGAGGUUCAUUCUUCCAAAUACUUCAGUAGCAGUCUUCCCUGAUAUGCAAACAAGAGCAAAUGGGGAAGGUUUCCUAUGAAAUAUUUCCAUGGCGUCUUGUCUUUGAUAGUGGGUGGUAGCUGAUACUGAGGGAAGAAAUGUAAGAAUGAGCUAUAGCAUAUUGUGUUCAGCCCCUCUAGCAUCAUGCCUCGCAAUCAGUGAUUUAGGGGCUUCCUGAGAUGCAAGGUAUAUCCUAUUCACCAUGUUUAAUCAAAUGCUGAUGGAGCAAUCUUCCAUGAAUUGCAUAAUCUUUUUUUUUAAAAAAAAUAUUCUCUGGCCUUCACAACAUCCUGUGUUAGGGAGUUCCACAACUUACUUUAAUUAAACAAAGAAGUCCUUGUUCAUAUAAUGUAUAUGUUAAAUAAAGGUAUUUUCUUGCUGCUACUCAGAAUCUUUAAAAGAAAAUAAAUUUUUACUGCCAAAAACAUUGUUAGUAGUAUGAGUGUCCUGUUGAUAUUUGUUCUUAUGGAAAACAUAUUUUCCUCAUUAGUAAAGUACCUUUCUUUGGAUAUUUUACAAAGGAAAGAAGUUUACACAUGCAGAUGACUGUACUAUUCCCAUAUAGAACUGUGUGGGAUGUGUUAAAUGAAAUAACAUGUUUAAAUAAGUACGUAAGUUUUACAUCACUGGAUUUUACUGUCCUGUUUUACUUCAGUAUUUUGAUGAUUCCUGUUGUAUUUGCUCUUUAACUCUGUACAUGACAGUUUAGUGCAAAACAGUGACUUAACAAUCUCACGAUCUCAUCGUACGUACAUGUUUGUUUUGCAGACAAGUGAGACAUCAGUUAUAUGCUCUUCCUCACCCUCCACCCCCUCCUGUUCAGGCUGAACAGCAUAACUAUUUUAUACUAUUGAAAGCCUUAAAAAAAAUCUAUGCAUGCUAUUUUAUAUUCUAAUGUAUUAUUCAUAUCAGUACAUAAGCUUAUGCUUGUCAGUUUUAUCUUGUGUAUAGAACUGAUUACUUUUGACAGUAUUUUUGCACUGUUUCUUUUCUUUCUCUUUUUAUAAAGUUCUAUUCAGCAUUAAUUGACUGCAAUAAUUUUUUACCUCU